UUCGGCCCCGCCUCCCCCGGCCGGGGCCAGACUCCGCCCCUCGGCCCUGCGUCCCCUCGGGGCAGUGCUUUUUCCUGUGGGAGCAUCGAGUGGAUGCCAAGACCUGCCUCUGCUGCGACCCUUUUCCCAACCCUUUUGUCGCUCCCACGACCCCUUAGCCUGUGGUCUUUUCCUUCCCAGAUGGGCUUCCGGCGUCCUCCUUUCUCCCCUGAUUUUAUUUUUCUAUUUCCAAAUCACAUCUGCCGGCCUGCCUUGUGGAAGCUGUGCCAGAGGCGGGAAAUCUCCUCUUGGCUGGCCCGAUGGUUCCCCAAAGACCCAGCCAAGCCCGUGGUGGCACAGAAAACACCUAUCAGGUUGGAGCUUGUUGCCGGGAAAACCUACAGAUGGUGUGUAUGUGGCCGAAGCAAGAAGCAACCCUUCUGCGACGGCUCCCACUUCUUCCAGCACACUGGCCUUUGGCCACUCAAGUUCAAGGCCCAAGAGACCCGCACAGUGGCCCUAUGUACCUGCAAGGCCACCCAGCGCCCUCCUUACUGUGACGGUACCCACAAGAGUGAGCAGGUACAGAAGGCGGAAGUGGGCACCCCACUCUGAGGAGUACUGUGCCAACAGUGCCGCAGAAGGGAACAUCCAAAGACCAAGUCGUUAGCAACUAUUCCCUGAAAAACCUGCAACCUCCUGUUGUGCAGUUGAGAGCAGGACCCUGGUCCCACACCUGGCAAACUGUCAUUAAACAUUGCGACCCAGCC